AAUAGUUCACCGGUGUGUGGCUUAAAUCACACUCGUGUGCCUUCGCACAGACUACAUCGGGCGAGGUUUUGUUGUGUAAACCGAGCAGGACAGGAUCUUGUGGGCGAGUCGCCGCCCGCCACUUCCCUCAUAGAUGUCGGCUAAGCCGCUAAAAGUCGGCCGGAUAAAGUUUAGCGUUCGUGUGAAAUUCGGUGUUUUUAUUAUUAUAUAUAUUUGUUUCAUUUAAGGACUCACACCACAAUGCCAUCUUCACUAACGACUGGGAAGUAUUGAUGUGAGAGAGCGGACCAAGACAUGAUGAUCAUUGGAGCUGAUAGCUGACAUUGUGGAAUGAGAGAUUAUGGAGCAAAUAGACAAUCCUGCCCCCCAGAGUAACAACCCUAAUGGGUUUGUCAACCGAGUGUUUAAUGUUUCUCUGGAUGUGGAGAAUGAGACCAGCAGUGUUUAUAUUAAAGAGACUGGGUCAGGGCCUGCAGAGAUGCAGGUUGAGGCCCAGGCUUCGUCUUUUCAGACCCCUGUCAAGGACAGACAGGAGGUCAACCGAAGACCCCGUGCAGCUGGAGGAAUCUGGAAGAUCUUGAACCGGAAAAGAGGUGUCUCAGAGCUGGACCGAAGACCCCACUCCAUGAUCCUCUUUGGGGAAGCUUCCAUCCCUAAACUCUCAUUUGCUGAUAAAGUUCGCUCCUUUAAGAAACUUAAAUCCCCUUCUGUGUUCAGAGGGAAGGCUGGGAAAUUGUCUAGUGCCAAGCUCAGCAGCUCACUGGUGGAUGAGGACUCUUUCUGCCGAGACAUCGGCACUCCACAGCAAUCUAGCAGGGGCACACUUAGACACCGUGGCAAGAGGCACUCGUAUGCUGGCUACACAGCAGAAUUUGACUGUUCUUUUGAAGACAUUGACCUCCCAGCUCCGAUGGAUGACCAUCAGCCGACUGCUGUUCCAGAAACUACCGUUCAGAAUGGUUGUAAACCAUCAGAAAGAGUUUCAUACUCAAAAAGAACCCACAUCAAUUCAACUAACUGUAACAAAGCUGCAAGCUGUGAGGAGGCUUCUGUUAAGGCUGGCAAAAAUACCACCCAGGGUGCAGGAAGACGACACAAAGAUGUGUGGAGUUACCUGAGGAGGAUCUCUCUUUUGGGAAAGGCCAAUCCUGUCUAUUCAGAGAGGAGUUUUGAUUCUGAGCUUCACUCUUUUGACAAGACGAUUGACUCGGACUAUGGUUCUGUAGACCUUGAGAAUAUCAAAGACUUCCAAGCACUGCCUCCCAAAAAUUCAGAUGUGAAGGGACAUUUUGGUGGAUUGUUUAAAUUUUUUAAUAAUGUAGCAGAAACAGCCAGAAAAUGGCGGACAACAUCCCGCUCCUUCUCCCCUUCUGAGGAAGAGAAAACCCCAAUUAACUCUCCUCAGGCUCAUCAGCGCACAGUACACAAAGUUCACAGUUUGUCCCUAACCCUCCACAGUGAAGGACUUCCACAAUGUCAGAAUCCUCCAUCCUCACCAUUGACCACUAAAUCCUUAAAACCCAGUACCUUUGACCGUGAGGCCCCCACACCUGUGACAGGUGUGGUAUCACCUGUGGUUGUCUUCAAAGCUUUUCGGUCAUGCUCAGUGUCUGGAAGUGUCAAUGGCUUUGGAACCUCAGACAGUACAGGCAAACAUAUGGAUACAGCAACAAACCACAGGUCCACCAUUGUAGAGAAUCAUAUUCCUCACUCAGUUACAAACACUGAGACUGGUGCUGAGCAUGAAAUGAAUCCAUUAAACUGUCUGCACUUAGGAGAAAAGGUAAAGGAAGACACAGGAAAUGAAGAGGAUUCCAAGGAUGCUUCACCUGACUCACAGAAGAUACAGGAAGCGAAUAUUAAAUUACAAAUAAAUGGUAAAGAGAGCAUGACCAAUAGCAUACCAUCAUCUGAUUCCACAGAGGAGAUAUUUAAGCUGUGUGAGCAGAUUGCAAGCCAGACAGGCUGCAGUGUAAGACUGCCAGGCCCAGCCUUGCCCCACUCUAACACAGAGAAGAUCUCUGUACCUCAGAAGCUGCUGCGCCCUCGUCCUCGCCCGGCAUCAGCUGUAUUGGAUCUGUGGAGGCCAAACCCAGACCGAGAUCUCAACAACCAUUAUAGUGAGUUUGGCUCACUAUGCCGACGGAGGCACAGACCUAAUCCCACCAUGCAACACUCACUGGGGCUUAGAUGGAUGCCUGCUCGUCCCAGGCCCUGCUCUGUCAUUGAAGCCAGUGUUACUAGCAAGAUGCAGUCCACGGAGUUGCACCACAGAGCCUUGUCUCGUCCUCCCGGUGGAUCUCCAUUAGAGCCACCACUAAGGGUUUCUCUGCAGCGGUGCCACUCCCUACCUCUGCCCCCCAGCACUUUAACUGCUUUGGCUCUUCUCCUGCCUCAUUCAGCUGUGGGUCAGUCAUCCUCAUCAUCAGUACGUCUGCGGUCUGAAGGCAGUAGUUGCAGGAGGAAGAGGCUGCUACGACCUGGGUCAGAACCAUUGCAAGUCAACAUUUUGAUAAGUGGCGGGUCAAUCGUCAACGCUGAGGCGGUAUGGGACCAUGUGACCAUGGCAGACCGGGAAUUGGCAUUUAAGGCCGGUGAUGUCAUAAAGGUGCUGGAUGCCUCCAACAAGGACUGGUGGUGGGGCCAGAUUGAUGAGGAGGAGGGAUGGUUCCCUGCCAGCUUCGUGCGGGUGGAACCCCACCCUCCUCAGCCCCAAACAAAACAGGUUUUCUAUAUCAACCCCAUAGCAACUCCACGGUUCCAAAACACUACGUCAAAGUUGUGGGUGAAUCAAGAGGAUGGAGGAGGAGAACCAGCCGAAGGGACCAGCGAGGUUCAAAAUGGCCACCUUGACCCAGCCAACGACUGUUUGUGUCUGGGCUCGCCUCUCCAAAACCGUGACCAGAUGAGAGCUAAUGUCAUCAACGAGAUCAUGAGCACAGAGAGACACUACAUCAAGCACCUCAAGGACAUUUGUGAGGGUUACCUGCGUCAGUGCAGGAAGCGUGUGGACAUGUUCAAUGAUGACCAACUGAAGGUCAUCUUUGGAAACAUUGAGGACAUCUACCGCUUCCAGAUGGGAUUUGUUAGAGACUUGGAGAAACAGUACAACACCGAGGAGCCCCACCUUUCUGAAAUUGGACCUUGCUUUUUAGAACAUCAAGAUGGUUUCUGGAUUUAUUCAGAAUACUGUAAUAACCACUUGGACGCCUGCAUGGAGCUGAGCAAGUUGAUGAGGGAUGGCAGAUACCAGCACUUCUUUGAGGCCUGUCGACUCCUCCAGCAAAUGAUUGACAUUGCCAUAGAUGGCUUCUUGCUCACCCCUGUCCAGAAGAUCUGCAAAUAUCCCCUCCAGUUGGCCGAGCUUCUCAAAUACACUGCACAAGAGCACAGUGACUAUCGAUACGUGGCAGCAGCCCUGGCAGUAAUGCGAAACGUCACCCAGCAGAUCAAUGAGAGGAAGAGGAGGCUGGAAAACAUUGACAAAAUUGCCCAGUGGCAAGCAUCCGUCUUGGACUGGGAGGGGGAUGAUAUCUUGGACAGAAGCUCGGAGCUCAUCUACACUGGAGAGCUGUCAUGGAUCUAUCAGCCAUAUGGGCGCAGCCAGCAGCGAGUUUUCUUCCUCUUUGAUCACCAGCUGGUUCUCUGUAAGAAGGAUCUGAUACGACGGGACAUCCUGUACUAUAAGGGUCGGAUCGACAUGGAUCGCUACGAGGUGCGGGAUGCCAUUGAUGGGAGAGACGAUGACUUCAACGUAAGUGUAAAGAACGCCUUCAAACUGUGCAACAAAGACAGCGACGAGAUCCACAUCUUCCUGGCCAAGAAACCCGAGGAGAAGAUCCGCUGGCUCAGGGCUUUCCAUGAGGAGAGGAAGAUGGUGCGGGAGGAUGAGAAAAUCGGUUUUGAGAUCUCAGAGUAUCAGAAGCGACAGGCAGCCAUGACAGUGAGAAAGGUGACCAAACAGAAAGGUGUAAAUAGGUGCACGCCCCCCUCAUAUCCGCCCCCCCAGGAUCCCCUCAGUGCGGGGCAGUAUGAGGUAACGGAGGACAUGGCACAAGGAGAGGUUUUUGAAUUCAGUCAAUCCAAACGAGGCCAGGCUCCUUUCUGGCAGAAUUUUAGUAGAUUAGCUCCGUUUAAGAAAUAGAGACUCUUUUGAAGGACCACCUAUUUUUUCGUAGAAGCACUAAACACUGGAUGAUCGUGUCCCACAAUGAAGAAAAUACAAAAACAUACUGACUUGAGACUUUCAAAGCUAAGGACCAAUGUUAAUAUUGGGUGUGGUUGAAAGCAGCAAGAGGACUGAAGACUUUCACAGAAUCAAGGGGAGGAAUAAAACAUAAUAAUUCAUACUUGUUGAAAACAUUCUUAGGUAUCAUGCUUCUCCAGCUGAGUCAACCGUCACUUGCACUCUCACUCAGAUUCUGCAACACUUACCUGUAUCAUCACACCAUCUGAAUGUCCUGGAAUUCGUAGAGAUUGUUGUCUUACUCUCUUUAAAUCCAUUGUCUGAAGACACACACCAGAGAGAGCCAGGUGGUUGUAUGAUUGUGUCCAAGAUCUUUCUGCGCUACUACACUAUGUGAGAUUACAUGGUGCAUUCUUGUGAAUGUGUGGCCAAAUAACGACAGACCUAUGCUACUCGCCAAGGUGUCUGAAGUACCUGCAAAAGCGCGACUCUGUUGGGCGUCACCUCCCCCACCGCUAUUUACAGACCAUCUCUGCUCCACUCACGUCUUCAUUUGGAUCGCCUCUCUACUCGGUCUGGAGUAGCCCUCUCGUCGUAAUGUCGCCCUCUCUUCGUCAUCCUACCUUCUUCAUCUCGUUACUCACCUGUUCAGCCUAUAUGAUUUAGAGGAAGUGUUUCAUUCCUUCAGAAACCUGCCACCGGCCAUGAUAUGACCGCUACAGGAACAAAUCAAUAGUGGGAAUUUCAGUACAGUGUAUUAACAUUCUUUCACCAAGCAGUUUUGACAGGGUAUUCAUAUCCCAUCACGCAAAAUAUCGAGGGCUGUCGGUUGUGGAGAGCUUGCCGGUCAGAUGAACCUGCUGGGAGCAGGAGAUAGGCAGACUACGUUCCAGCCGGCUAGUGCCAGAGCCCACCCCUUCUCUCCUCAGAGACCACCCCUGUAGCACUGUGCUGGUAGCUUACGGACUGUUUAGAAAGACCACGGCCCACUUCUGCAAAUACACCAAGAGCUAGCAUUGAGGUUGAUCUUUAAAAUGUCUGGGGUUUUUUUGUCAACUCAUGAUUUAUUUGUAUUUAUUUAUUUUAUUUUUUUUACUUAUUUUUUACAUUUUGUUGAAGAUUGAUGUGCACGGAUGGCUGUAGGUAGACCUCUAACCACCACAAGGAGGUCAAAACAGGCAGAUAUAAAGAAAAAGAAGAAUAUAUUCGUCUGAUAUGAGUAUGGAGGCACAAAGACGAACAUAAUGUGUAGCAUGCUGGCAUUUUCUGAUUGUGAUUCAUGUAUCUCUACAGAUUGCAGUUUAAAAUCUUGGCUUGGCAUUGCCUCCCCCAUCAUGUUGUUUAUUCAGAUCUGGCACAGAGUUCCACACUAUUAACUGAAUUUCUGAAGACUUGUUUCACCCGCAAUGAACAAGAGACUUCAGUAUAGCAGUUAGAAAAACAAAGAUCUUCUUGAAAAGGCUUGUGUUCGUUGCUACUGCAGGAAUGUAAGCAAAACAUCUGUCCAAGGUUUGUGAGAAUAGUUUGACUUCAGACACAUUUCGUUUGGAUUCACUGGAAAGUACAUGUACGUAUCUGAGCAAUGUGCCAUCAUUACUUUAUUACUCAGUAUGAAAGAGUUAUUCACGAUAUUGUUCUAUGUAAUUUGUUUGCCUUCAAAAAGGCCUUUAAAAUUCCUGGGAAAACAGCAUAGAAUUUAUUUAAACAGUAUGUUGUACAAUCUGUGUUUUGUUUCAGUAAAGAAAGUUGAGACAUGGAUGAGUGGUGUCGCUCCCAGUCCGAUUGCUUUGGAAGAUAAUUCCCUUCACCAACAACAUACGGUUCCUAGACAAUGAUAACCUCAGGUCCAGUGCUGCGCCCACCCCACUUCCUAACCCCCGCAGAUGCAAAUGCACACAGAGACACACAAUCAUGCGCACUUACUGGCCCAUUGUGCUGCGGAGAAGAGAGAUGCUAUAUAACAGUGCCUUCCAGCAUUCCACUAGUGAUUAUCUGUUCAGUUUCACAGGCAGAUUCAAAUUUGUCACGUAUUUUCCCUUCAGUGUUGGACUUCCAACGGUCUCUUCCUUUCUCUCGCACGAGAUCCACUCGGACAGAUAUCUCUUCCACAUGAGUCGUUUCUGUGCACACGGCACACUCCAAACACUUACUUUGUUAUUACUAUAUUACAUAGCAGCAAUUAUCUUGCACAAUUAUAAGUUAUUUUUAUUUCAGAUAGAUUAUUUAGAAAUGACAUGGAAUUCCUUUAUUGUUGAAAGACGAUUUCUUUGGAAUAUAUAUUAGAAAUCAUUAGUUUUGCAUAGUGGAGUUGUAGUGUUGAAAUAAUAUUAUAAGCAAUGGGUUAUGAAUUAAAUAAGAAAAGUCAUCUAUUUUAACUUUAUCAGCUACACACUGUAAAUAGUGUAAAAAGAACAGAUCAUAUAUUUGGAUAUUGGUAUUUUGCGUUGGAGACGAAUGUUGUUCCAGUUCUAGCGUAUGGUAGAGCUCAGUAACAGGUAAAUGCAUGCUUGUGGCAUCCAAUACUUUGCAUGAGACUUAAAACAACUCUUUAUGGUUUGUUUACUUUUAAUGGGAUUUUUCCACCAUGAUGCAUUCAGUUGUGAACCCACUGUCAUCUCACCAGAGGGAGUUCUGGUCUCUGUCCACCUGUCUCCUUGCUUAUGUCAUGUUUACGCUUGUAGCUUUUGUUCUUAUUCUAUGUCAGGAAUUGGAGAGGGACUUAUCCUCACACAGAGUCAGAGUGAGGUCCUGAUAGGUCAAAUGAAAUAUUUGCCAAACUGGCAUUCUGUGUGCCAAAUAUUAGAUGUUCUCUCUUUUUUAUUCCAAUCUACACUGGCACAGCUCUAAUCGCUGGUUAUUUAUGGGUACCAGUAGCGCUGAGCUUCAGAUGAUCACGCAAAACGGGUAUAGGUUUUCUAUGACAACCAAAUAGGAGUUAGCACUGAUCAUGGCUGUUGUGUGUAGAUUUUUAGUCGAUCAGAAGAGCCGAAUGCAUCUGUAGGGAUGUGCUAAAAAUAAUCCUAAUCCUGAAGACACACACAGAGUACUUCAUUACAAUUCGUAUCAUGCUCUUGUUCAAAAUAAUGCUCUGAAGUAUAACAACUUGACAGUAAAGAUCAUUUUCUCACUUGUAUUUAUUUAAUUAGUAGCCAGUGUUCAAUGUUGUAACUUUGGAGCCAAAUUGUUCAAACAAUGUAUAUCUUGGUUUUGUUGAUCUCAUAAGGUUAACAUUCUGAUCGUUUAUUCAAGGCCCAGACGAUGGCCUUCAGUGAAGGUCAUUUUAAUACUAUUGGUUUUCCAAUCAUGUCCUGAGACAGCCAAGUUAGCGAACAGAGUGCAUAGGAGGCUGCUUUUUAUUCCAAUGUGUAUACAAAACACUUGCAUAUAGAGCAUUGCCACAUCACCACUAGAGACCUCUUGGUUGCAUCUGAACAGUCAGGGUACCGCAGAGUACAAUGAGCCAUAUUAGAUGUGGUUUUCAAUGACUGCAAUGUGAUCCCACUUUUAGAAACAGACGAUUCACUGUAUAAUACCAUAUAGUCCAAGGUUUAGGUUUUGCCUACCGUAGAAAAUUAACUCACUGCCCAAAAUCAUUUGUCUCCACAUGCAAACAUUUGUCAUUUUUGUUAUUGCUGGUAUUUUGAGUUUGAUGAUUUGAUGUAGAAAUUAAAAAUAAUGCUUAUUCAAUCCAGAAACUGUGAAUGGGAGACUGGGGAAGUCAACUGUAUGUACAUUAUAUGUUUUGGUGUAUUCCGAAGCACUGGGAAAAUGUUGUACUUCGCUGUAAAAAAAGAAAAGAAAAAAAAAGAAUCCAUAUCUGAUAUAGCUGUACUUUUGUUGACAAUAAAACCUCUCCAGAUUGGU